AUGAAGCUUCCGCUUCUCAAGCCCAAAACUCAUUUUCAGAUAGCUCGCCAAAAUCUCAUGAUGAAUUACACGUCAAACAAAUUUCGGAAUCGCAAUAUAUUCCUAACACUCCUAAUUUACCUGGAGAAUCCUCAGAACAAAAUAGACUUACAGAAAACAAAAAUCCCUGAAAUAGACGUACAGCCUUUGAUAGAAGAAUUAAAAAUAGAACUUUUAGUGGAAGAUACCGUUAAAGUUGUCAAUGUUGAUAAAAAUUCUACAGAUGAGCAAUCACUCGCAAUCAAAUUGGUCCAUCUAUUUGAAAAAAUAAACUUGGCAGAAAAUAAUACUAAACGAGCCAAGGUGGAAGAAAUUACGAGCUGGUACCAAUAUAGAAAGCAUUUCGAAAAAGACUUGAUGAUAUCUUACCCUAAAAUCAAAGAAAUGAUAAGAGAGCCUAUUAUUUAG